UCGUAACUUUAAUUUCUAAUUAUUUAGUCUAUUUAUUUCAUAUAUCUGUAGUUUGCUCUUAAUAUCACAUAAACCAAUAGUUUUCGUUAUUUUAUAAAGGCAAUAUAUAAACAUAAUUAUGUGCAACUGAAGUACCAGAAUGUGUUAGUUGUUAACAAAGAUAAAAGCAAAACAAUUUGCGUUUCAACGCUGGAACCGCCAGCUACAUUAGCCCAUACCGAAACAGCUGUGGAGCCUUCAUACACCAUUUAUUCCUAAUAAAGUGUUAUCUGCAGAUGGCAGAAUUAGAAAAUACCACCAAUCACAUGCCUGCUGGAACGGAUGCCGAAGAUGUUUCGUCACAAAAUGGUACAGCAACUGCGACAGCGCUUGUUUCAUCCUCACCAUCCUUAAAUUCUGAGGAUUCCACAAGUAAUACAGCAGAACAAAUAGUGACUUCACCAAAAACCAAAGCCGUGACUAUAAAUGCACCAUCGCCCUCUCCUACACUUUCAAAACCAAGUCUUACAACAUAUCUGCCUUGUGUAACUGAAGGUUUGGAGCAGUUUAAACCUAUCAUACCUUUUGAAGAUCUUUUAUUUGAAGAAAAAAUCGGACAUGGUUCCUUUGGUGUUGUUUACAAAGUUAAAUGGCAGGAUCGACAGGUAGCCGCAAAAGAGUUCAUGGCUAAUCCGGAUCAAGCGGAAGCUAUUGAAACAGAGGUACGACAGUUAUCUCGGGUAAGCCAUCCCAACAUUAUAGAGCUUUAUGCAAUAACUGCAAAUCAACAAUCAAUAUACCUCAUAAUGGAGUUUAUGGAAGGUGGCUCCUUACACACAUUUCUACAUGGCAAGGUGAAACCCUACUAUUCGACAGCGCAUGCCAUGAGUUGGGCCUGUCAAUGUGCAGAGGGUGUCGCCUAUUUGCAUGCAAUGAAACCUAAACCUCUAAUUCAUCGUGACUUAAAGCCCCUGAAUUUGUUACUUACGAACAAGGGACGUCAUUUGAAGAUUUGUGAUUUCGGAACUGUUGCAGAUCAGGCUACAAAGAUGACUAAUAAUCGCGGAACAGCUGUGUACAUGGCACCAGAGGUUUUCUCAUCGUGCAUGUAUGACGAAAAAUGUGAUGUUUUCAGUUGGGCCACAGUGCUAUGGGUGGUGCUGAUGCGCCAACAGCCUUUUGCCGAAAUCACAAACGCCUAUUCAAUACAAUGGCAAAUUCACAAAGGCCAUCGUCCUCCAAUGAAUGCUAAAAUUCCGCAACCAAUACAAAAUCUUAUGCAAGAUUGUUGGCUGAAGGAGCCAGCAAAGCGUCCACCCAUGGCACAAGUGUUGGCUUUUAUGAAAAGGGUAACGGCUGAUUUCCCAGGAGCUGACGUGCCGUUAGAAUAUGAAUUUAAACAUCUUCAGAUUGUCUGCACGGAUUCCACACAAUCGACUGACAGUUAUCAACUUGAUUUCAGCAGUAUGAGGUCCACCGAAAACUCCAGCACUACUUUAGAUUUAACGCCAACAAAUACAGCAGAUAACACAAACACAACAGAUUCCUCGAUAACACCUACAAACAGCACAGAGGGUUACUCCAACUUCACUGUGCCCCCAACAACACCUGUACCAACCGCACGUAUAGCUGGAUUAACAUGUUGGGAUGCUAUACCCGAAGAGUCUGAAUCCUCCUCAAGUCAGCAGAACACUAGUGGAGAUAUGUUCAAUAUGACACCGUCACCUUCGGCUUCAAAACGUUAUGAAACUAUACGCAACGGCAUAACGCAAAAAGCUAAUUUCAAUAUGAAUCCGCUGUCAAUCGAUGUGGACCCUCGUGCUUGGGAUUUAUUUCGGGCAAAGAACGAUGGCAAAGAGGGACUCACCGUUACCGAAACCAAGCCGAUGAUGACAAGUACUUCCAUGGCUGACAGCGACUUCAAUGCGGCCGCACACGAAGAUGUGGAUGAUAACGAUGACAGCGACGAUCCGCCGCUUGCGGAAAUGCUAGAUCCCGAACUACAACCCGAACAGCCGAUACCCGACAACGAAGAGUCACAAGCCAUCUACAGAGAACACCGACGUUUGGCCAAAGAAUAUUUGCGGGUGGACACGAGACUCUACUAUGCGCAGGACUUCAAGGAGAAAAUCAUCUUAGGCUUGGAUCCAGAAGAGCGACAGAAGAAGCAAGAGAUGCUGAGGAAAAUUAAGGAGAAGCAAGAGCUGUUGGAGCUCUACAACAAUCUGAAGCAACAACGCGAAAACCUGCUUGCCGAGCAGGCACGUUCGGCGGUGCGACCGAGUGGCGCUAACGUCACGCAGCAACAAAUGGAGUUGCUCGCUGGAAAUGCGAGAAUGCCGCCGUCGAGCGGUGGUGUGAGCGCACAACAACAGCAGCAGCCGCCCGAAGCGCUCGCCGACGACGGCUGGGUGGUCAUACAGCCCAAUCAGAAUGCGUAGUUGGAGGCACGAAACCCAUUUUAUUUAGGUUAUAUAAUUUUAUUUACACAAUUUUAAGUGUUAGUUAAUAAUUUGUGACGCGCUCACCAAAGUGAGUCGAUUCUGUGAGCUUUCAAAGAAGAUAAAACCAAAAAAAGAGUAGACUACUUGUAGCACCGUUAGUGUUUAUCAUGAAAAUAUUCGCCUUAGCCAUGUCAUUAAAGCAAAACUAAGUUUUUAGUAUUACAUAAGUAUGUGUGAAUGCAUUUAAUGUGUGUGUGUGUGUGUGUGAAUGUGUUAGGACAAUUGUCGUCUUGUGUACUGUAUUCGCGCGACAAGCCCUGUGUGAUUCCGUACUCGUAUAAUGUAAAGUGUAUAUUAUAUACAUAUAUGUAAAUAUGUCAAUAAUUCCACAAUAUUUCAAUAAAUAUUACUUUUAAAUAAA